UCGUGGUGCGUAUCUAUGUGCUCGUAGGGGAAGUCACAGGGCGUUUGGCGCGUCGGCGGAGUAACACGAGGGAACCCCGGCAAACGGGGUCACCACGGGAAACCGGGAGAGGGAACCCCAAAAGCGCAGGGAGCAGUCUGUCCAGGCCCGGAGGCCUGGGUGCGGUUCCGGCGACCAGCAGUUAUGGGGUGGCCAAAGAGGGGCGUGACCCGGUCAGCUAUGGUCGCAGUGCAGUCAGCGGGGCCCCUCCUCCUGCUCCUCUUCAUCAGCGUCUCUGGAGUCUCCCAGCAGCCCCUGCCCAGAGUCUUCCUGCCCUUCCAAGAGCUGUUGGCCUCUCAGUCCCUGCAGUAUUUCAGUCUCUCCGAGGAGCCCAUGGAUUACAGAAUCCUCAAGAUGGAUGAGGAUCAGGACCGUAUGUAUGUGGGCUGCAAGGACCAUGCCUUCUCCAUGGACAUCAACAACAUCACCCAGGGAACCCUACAGGUGUUCUGGCCAGCCUCCAGCAUUAAAAAGGGGGAGUGCCAAAUGGCAGGGAAGGACCCCACGCAUGGCUGUGGUAACUUUGUCCGAGUAAUCCAACCCUAUAACAGGACUCAUCUCUUCAUUUGUGGCAGUGGUGCCUACAGCCCUGUCUGCGCCUACGUCAACAGAGGUCGAAGGGCAGAGGACCAGGUGUUCUACGUGGACUCACAGUCUGAGUCUGGGAAGGGGAGGUGCUCCUUCAACCCUACAGUCAACACUGUCUCUGUCAUGCUCAACCAGGAACUCUUCUCCGGAAUGUAUAUUGACUUCAUGGGAACAGACGCUGCCAUUUUCCGGAGCCUCACCAAGAGGAACGCCGUCCGGACCGACCAGCACAAUUCCAAAUGGCUGAGCGAACCCAUUUUCAUCGAUGCCCAGCUAAUCCCCGAUGGCUCCGAUCCCAACGACGCCAAGCUCUACUUCUUCAUACGGGAAAGACUGAUGGACAACAGCGGCAACACCAAACACAUUCACACCAUGGUGGCAAGAGUGUGUCCGAAUGACAUUGGCGGUCAGCGUAGUCUGGUGAACAAAUGGAGCACCUUCCUGAAGGCUCGGAUGGUCUGCUCAGUGGUGGAGCCCGAUGGAACAGAGACGCACUUCGAUGAGCUGGAGAACAUAUUUUUACUGGAAACCGAACAUCCCAAGAACCUUCUGCUGUUUGGGAUUUUUACAUCCACGAGCUCGGUGUUCCAGGGAUCGGCAGUGUGCAUGUACAACAUGGCCGACAUCCUGACCGUCUUCAAUGGCCCCUUCGCUCACAGAGACGGACCCAACUUCCAGUGGAUCCCGUACCAUGGGCGGAUCCCGUUUCCCCGCCCAGGCACGUGCCCUGGGGGAGCCUUCACCCCCAGCCUGCGCUCCACUAAAGAGUUUCCGGAUGAGGUGGUGACGUUCAUCAGGAAUCACCCGGUGAUGUUCAAUCCCAUCUACCCCGUGGGCAGGAAGCCGCUGGUGGUGCGUGCGCAGGCCGACUACAAGUACACCGCCAUCGCCGUGGACCAGGUUACCGCCGCCGACGGCCGCUACCAGGUGCUGUUCCUGGGCACAGAUAAAGGAACGGUGCAGAAGGUGAUCGUUCUCCCCACGAACCGCUCACUGGAUGAGGACCUGAUUCUGGAGGAGCUGGAAGUCUUUAAGAAAGAGGCCCCAGUGACACAUUUAAGAAUUUCCUCGAAAAAGCAACAGCUAUAUGUGAGUUCGGAGUACGGAGUUUCCCAGGUGUCUUUGCACCGUUGCCAUGCCUACGGAUCAGCAUGUGCAGACUGCUGUCUGGCCAGAGACCCCUACUGUGCCUGGGAUGGCCUUACCUGCUCACACUUCUACCCCCUGGGCAAAAGCAGGAGGAGCAGAAGGCAGGAUAUUAUUCACGGGAACCCUUUGACACAGUGCAAGGGAUUCAAUCUGAAAGAGUACAGGAAUGCUGCAGAGAUGGUGCAGUAUGGUGUAAGGAACAACACCACUUUCCUGGAGUGUUUGCCAAAGACCCCACAGGUCUCCAUCAAGUGGCUGAUUCAGAGGGACAACGAUCGGCGGAAAGAGGUGAAGCUGAGCAACAGGGUGGUGUCGACGGAUCACGGCCUUCUCUUCCGCUCCGUCCAGCCCAUAGACCAGGGCCUGUAUUACUGCCUGGCCACGGAGAACAGCUUCAAGCGCACGGUGGCUAAGAUCCGCCUGCGGGUGCUAGGCUCGCUGACCGACGGGCAGUCGCCCCUCAGGGUCACGCAGGGGGCGGUGAGCGCGAGCGAGGCGCUAGCUAUGCAGCGAUACUGCAAGGAGCAGCAGCAGGCCGAGCGGGUGGGCCUUCUGAGAGGAGACCUGGCCAAACUGAAGAAGAUCGUGGAGCACAGGAAGAGCAGGAGCCGCAGAAACCCUCUCUCUCAGGACUAGGCGGGACAGUGGGUGAGGCUGGGGGUUUGGUGUGGUGUAGCUGGGAGGGGCGCACGUACACCCACCUAUAGAUGCUUUGCUGAUAUGUGUUCGGUCUGAUUUAUUCUUCUCCGUCGAUUCUACGCAGAGACUAUGGCGUACGUACCGCAUAGAUGCGUUCCCUACACCGUAGCCUACACCGUAGCCUGAUGUGCACCUCCACAGAAAUGUAACUACACAUAACGGCGAUGCAGACCACAACAACUGUGAUUGGUCCUCUUGGUAGCAUCGCAUUACACAUUUCCGGCCGCUCUGCCAUUGAUCAGUUUCAGUCGCCUGUGGCUGUGUCUGAAACUGCAGUCAGUUGACUUGAUGCCUUGUUGCCUGAUUAGUAAUCAGUCCUUCCAUGGCGACUCUGGAGGUUCCUUUGCAGCACGCAAUUGAGAUGCGCUUUGAAGACAGAAAGAUGUCAGAGUGAAAGUAUAGUAAUUACGUAAUGCGCAAUUACAAGCAAUUUAGCUGGCUAGCUCACGGAGGCUUAAAACAUUACAUACGUUAUUUCAGUGUGUCAAGCAAUUAAAAUUUUGCUUCAAAAGUAUAACUAAAACAAAAUGUCGAGCUCAUUGUGUACUUGCACUUGUGGACAAGCUCUUUUACAGUUCCUUGCAAACUCCGCCGCUGUUUUCACCCGCUAUUAAUUUCACGCAAGAAUCAUACGGUUAAUCCCAAAUGAUUAUGGGAUGUAAUGCCUGGCGAAAACUAGCAGAAAACAAAUUGCAGAGUGACGCAGACACCCCAGCGCACCCCAGUAUAAAUGCUCACAGCAAUGUAGGCCCCUUGCGUAGACUACGCCGUUGGCUCUGCAUAGAUUCAGGGCAGAAGUGUAAAGGCUUUACAGUUAGUGUGGUGGGUUUCUUAUACAGUUGUUCAAAGUGCAUGGUUUCAUUUACAGAAUGUUCACUAUUGAUGUUCACUCACAUGAUAUGAAUGUUAUUUGAAAUUCUCGAAGAGGGAUGGACAAUCUUAUCCAUGUGGGCGUAGGUUUUUGUUUUAUCCCAGUGCAAAGACACCAGAUUCUACUGACCAAUAUCUUAAUUGAAGACCAUGACACUUUAAUGUCAUAGUGUAGGCUAAAAAAAAACCUGCACCCACAUCGACCCUUUCCUGAUAAGAUUAAACAUCCCAGCCUUUUUCAAUGAAAAUGAAGGAAACUAUUUCAGGUCCUGUUUGGUAGGAUUAUUUCAAUAGAAGAAAAAUAGUCAAAAAUAGUCUAGAAAAAAUUAUCUGUGUACGUGUGUGUGCGUCCAAGUACCCAAGCGCUUUUUUUGGGUCUGACUCCCCAAAAAUGCCAGAUAGCAUUUUUUUAUUUUCUUUAUCCAAUGAAAAAAAAGUGUGCAUACGUGUGUGUGUGUGUGUGUGUGUGAGAGAGAGAGAGAGAGAGAGAGAGAGAGAGAGAGAGAGAGAGAGAGAGUGUGUGUGUGUAUGUGUGUGUGUGUGUGUGUGUUUUCCACAGAAAGUUAAAAUGAGUCAGCCCAGCUGUGCUCUGAGUGUAUGAGUGCAUGGGUAUUCUAUUACCUGUACAAAUGCAGGGAAUUCACUCCACAUUCACAGAUCAAAAUUCAUCCUCACAUUCAAAGAGUUCAUGCAUUUUUAAGUUAAGCAAAAAAUUGACCAAAGCCCUUAACUGUAAUAAGGGCUCAACUGUGUUUCAGCUAAAGUGAGGAGUAGAAGGAAGAAAGUGUUUUGUCAUUGGUGAAUUGAAAUCUGCACAUUUUAAAAUAUUGUAAACAUAUUUUUGGAGUCAGAGGAUGACAUAAUUUCUCUUGUAAUUAAAUAUUUUCUUUGGAGGAAACUGCAUUUUUGUCACCAUUUUAUUUCCUGGUUAAAGUUUCUUCUCUGUGAUACAGCAUGCUUUGUCAGACAUAAUCAUAACUUUGAACUUGUUUAAAUGAUCUAUAUAUGAAUUAUGAGGCUUCUGCCAUUUGAAAUCUGUCACAGAAUUGAUUAUACAAACUUAAAAGUUAUUGCACUUAGAUCCCAGAAUAAUAUUAGUGUUUAGUAGCUACCUGCUAUGAUGAUAAUGUCAUAAUGCAUGUGAUGAAUGUCCAAUUCAGUUAUUAUUCAAUUAGAUGAUUGCUCUUUUAAACACUAGAUUAAGGAGGAAUGGAAAUAUACUGUGUGAUAUUCCCUGUGGAGUUUGUUGCAUUGUACAGUUUUUGGUGUGUGUGUGUGUGUGUGUGUGUGUGUGUGUGUGUAUGUGUGUGUGUGUGUGUGUGUCGAGAGUAUUCAUUGUUAUUGUUGUGAUUAACGUGUCAUCAUGUAAGUUUGAAUGUAUUUUGGUUUUUAAAUUUAUGAUCAAAUCCUGUAUAUAAUUUAGGAAUGUUUCUUCAGGUGUUUUAGACCAGAUCUGCAAAUUGCAGAUUGUUUUUCAUUUUUAACAGUGCUGUUUAUAAUGAAAUGUUUUGUCUCGUUGGUUUGAAAGAUCAAAUUUAUUGUCUUAAUAUUUUAAUAAUUUGUAAACUUUUUGCAAUAGGUUUUUUUUGUUUGUUUUAUUUUAAAAAUUAAGAACUUACAAUGUACAUGUAUUUUUAUUUAUGAAUGUAAUAUCCUCAAUGCCUGCUUCAUUAAAAUGGAUAUGAAUUUGA